AUCAAGGAGCUCGGGCACGACUACACGGGCAACCCAGGCACCGGCGACUGCUCGCUGUGCGGCGUGGCCGACCAGGACCGCGCGCCGCCGCCCAGCUGCCGGUGCGCCUGGAACUUCUCGCUGUCCGAGCUCUUCCAAGGCCCCGUGUACCUCUACUACGAGCUCACCAACUUCUACCAGAACAACCGGCGCUACGGCGUGUCCCGCGACGACGCGCAGCUGAGCGGGCUGCAGAGCGCCCUGCGCCACCCGGUCAACGAGUGCUUCCCCUACCAGUUCAGCGCCAAGGGCGUGCCCAUCGCGCCCUGCGGCGCCAUCGCCAACAGCCUCUUCAAUGACACCUUCACGCUGUGGCACCAGCGCCUGUCUGGCGGGCCCUACGUCGAAGUGCCGCUCGACCGCACCGGCAUCGCCUGGUGGACGGACUACCACGUCAAGUUCCACAACCCGCCGCUGGUGAACGGCAGCCUGGCGCUGGCUUUCAAGGGCACCACGCGCCCGCCCAACUGGCCCGUGCCGGUCUACCAGCUCAGCCCCGACCCCAACAACACCGGCUUCAUCAACCAGGACUUCGUGGUGUGGAUGCGCACGGCGGCGCUGCCCUGGUUCCGCAAGCUGUACGCGCGCAUCCGCCAGGGCAACUACUCCGCCGGCCUGCCGCGCGGCAACUACCGCGUCAACAUCACCUACAACUACCCGGUGCGCGCCUUCGGCGGCCACAAGCGCAUCAUCCUCAGCAACAUCUCCUGGAUGGGUGGCAAGAACCCCUUCUUGGGCAUCGCCUACCUGGUCGUAGGGUCCCUCUGCAUCCUCACGGGCUUUGUCAUGCUGGUCGUCUACAUUCGCUACCAGGACCAGAACGACGAGGCUGAGGAUCAGGAGUGAUACCUGCUUUCAAAGCAUCCGUCCUGCUUCUUGCCGAAACUCUCCUGCAAGCUUCUCCCCCUCGCCCCUGCGCCCCUCACCCAGUUCCAACCUAGCCCCACUUUUCCUCCUGUGUGGAUGAGGGGACCAGAGAGAGUAAUUGCACCCUAUUGGGGGCUACCAGAUUUGUUGGGAUGUUUGGGCUGUGGCAUAUGACCACCUUGCAGGAUCUCCCCAGCUCCUUCACGAUUUACCGAGUUGACCCGUUAGGUUUUAAGCUCCGUAGCAUUUGAGAACGAAAGGGAUGGUAGAGACUCCUUUUUCAUCUCUUUAAUGAAGAGACAGAGGCCUGGAGGUGUUAAAUAACUCAUUCAAGAUCAGGCAGCUACUCUUUGGCUCCUGACUCUGAUUCCGGAGCAUUUACCACUAACACAGUGGUUUCAUUACUUUUUUUUUUUUUCUUUUUUUGUAGGGGACGGGGUGGAGAGUGAAGGCCACACAUAGCCUGCAGAGGUAUGAUGAUGUGGGGGAGACCUUGCGUGUUUAAAAUGUAGGUAGAUUAGGAGGCACCAUCCCCAGCGAUUCUAACACAUCUAACACAAUGAGGCCUCGGUGAGACCCUGAAACUGCGUUUUAUCAAGCCCCUUCGGAGAUUCCUCCUGAAUCAGGAAACAAGUAGAAUACUGAUUGUUUCCCCGGUUUCCCCGUGUGCCUGGGGCUGGGCCUGAAGCAAUCCCCUGAGCCCAGCUUUUCAGGAAGUCCUUUAUUCCCAGGGCCAGUGGCAACAGGUGUUGCAGGUUUGGUCUAGCACUCCUCCUUGAACCUGGAAGGGAACGUUUUAAUUUUAGAAUCAGGUGGCUGGAAAGGAUCUUAGAGGGAAAGUGAUUUUCCUAAGUCUUAUCUGUGUCUCCUGAGUACCGACUCAGUCCUCUGUGUCAUUCAAUUAUGUCUUAUGCUUAAAGAGAAAGGGCUAAGUUCCUACCUUUUCCCUUAGGUCUAAGAAAAAAAACAACACUCUUUAAUUUAUGUUCUUCAAUGGAGCUGGUUUGUUCCUACUAAUUAUGUUUAAAUGAAUGGUAAGGACUAUACUAGUAGUCUUAUGUAAGUAGAAUCAUACGAAUUAUUUGAACAUUUAAGAUGUUAAAUUCUGACUACUCUAAAAAUAUCCUAAUAUAUACAAAGUUAUUCUAAGAAGCAAAAGAAUUUUUAAAACACUUUUUUAUGGCUAAGGAACUUAAGAAAAAAACAGCUUAGUGAUAUGUUAACCAGUUUGCUGGCUGAAAGUGGUUAUAUGGUAUUCUGUCCCUGCCUGCUCUCUUUACAGCUCCUUCCCAGUUACUACUGGUUUUUCUCAGGCCUGUAAAGCAAUGCAAGGCCUUGGAGGGGUUUCCUUUUAGUAGUCAAAGAAAUACUGAAUUGUAUUGAGUAUUUAACAUUAAUUUUAUUUUACUCAAGUUCUUUAAAAAAUAAUGAUGGGUGGAUAGCAUGCAAAUUCAUGACAUCUGGUCAGAUCUUCAGGAAUGUGAUUUCAGAGAUUCUGUCCCACUACUUGCAUAACAAAUACAUAUAUUUUAGCAGUUCCAGGGUGUUGGUUUCCCAAUUCCUGAAGGUGACACAAUUGUAUGUCAGAUUUUAGGCUAUGAAAAUAUGAUCAUUAUACAGAGUAAUUUUUAUUUAUUAUGAAUGUUUAAUUCAGCAGCUCACUAGCUUAGUUAGCCCUUCUUUAUGUUGGAUAAGAGAAUUUACUCCAUUUUUUUACUAUGUAGCUGAGAGCGAUAAUGUAUUUUGCUAUCACUUGUACAAUAUUCAGUCUAUUGAUGUAAAAUUUUAAGUGAGACUACAAAAUGUAAGGUAUCUGAUUAAAUCAGUGAGUCGGACCCUGUUCUCUGGGUUUUUGAAAAAGAAUAAAGGUUAUGUUUGUUUUA